AUGCCAAGUCGUAAUCGAAAGGGCCCAAGUAUCACAAGUCUCGCUGUUGACCCAGAGACCCUCGGGGAGGAUUCUCAGGACUCCGAUUUCGACCCGAAGGCUUCUCACGCCUCACCAUCCAAAAGACAAACUCGGACUCCUAAAAAAGGUUCCACCAAUCCCUCGAAGAGGUCUAAGUCUCGCAAGAAACGCGAAGAGUACGACGAAGAAGACGACGAAGGGAACCUUAGUAGAGGCUCCUGGACCAGUCCUUCUAGCUCUGAAGACGAAGACGAGCUUGAGAUGAACGCUGCUGGACGCCCGGCCAGAAGAGCAGUCAAGAACAAUACAGCAAACUAUCGAGAGUCGUCUUCUUCUGGUUCGGAAGGAGAGGAACCACGCUUCUCAGGCGAGGAAGAGGAAGAGGCUACGUUUACCGACGAAGACGUCAAACCGAGAAACCGCAAGGCCAAAGGUGGUAAAACGGCCCAAAAGCAGGCCCCUAAGAAAGCUCCCGCUGCUUCAAGGCGUGGCCUUAGGCGCCCGGUUAUCCGUGACGAGGACGAAGUUAGUGUCCCGCCCACUGACGACGAGACGGAACAUCAGAAAAAGUCUCUUCUAGUUACACUUCACGUCGACAAAUCUAAACUUGCCGCGCUACAACAAAACGAAAUGCCUCGAAAAGGAAGUGCCUCUUCCGCUGCUGCCGCUGCCGCUGCCGCUGCCCCUCCGCUGCAGCGAAGAUCCUCUCGCCUAGCCUCUUUACCACCCGAGAACACUGGGGAUGAGCUUCCAGCACGUACACGUGGGAAAUCCCGGGAGCUCACUCAGUCACCUACUGGUCGAAAUAGACGGUCGCGUAGUGUUAGUCGUCCGACAACAGGGAACAAGGGUCCCUCGGCAGCCCCUGGCCGCCCUAGGAGGGUCACUCGCGCCACAAGCAGAGCUGGCAGUGAAGAAGCGGGAAGUGUUGAUGCUCCUUCGGAUAUGGAAGUGGAACCCGCUGUUCCUAAUGCUCUUGCGAUGUCUCGCAUAACAGAAGAAUCGACACAGCAUUCUUCUGCCAAGCUGACCAACGGUAACGGCUCUGGGUCAGCAGACAAAGAUGGGACUUUCCACCUUGGCAACAACGAAGAUGGGGGAGACGUUGCUCUGAAGAAGGAAGCCGUCGAGACCGGUAUCUUUCCUGACGACGGGGAUGAUGAAGAAGAUGCCCAAGUCAGAGGUGAUAUCGCGGACAUCAAUAUGGAAGACGAUGAUGAUGACGAUGAACCGGUUAUUGGCCGUCGGACCAGAUCUGCGGCUAAGCGACAACUCACCCCUCCAUCAAAUUUUGCUACUCCUAAAAAGCAACCUUCUCGUAAGUCUAAGCGUAGCAGUAAGGACAGCGACGAUGAAUAUGAGGAGGAUGAUGGUGAGGAAGGGCCUGAGCCUGAGGAUUCGGAUAGCGACCGGCCUGAGCCGCAGGACGAUGACGACGACUAUGGGAAUGAUAAUAGGGGCCGUCGUACCCGAGCCGCUUCGCAGAAGAAGCGACGACGCAGCCAGAUGUCCACUGACCCCCCGGAUCUUGAUCUAGAUGAGUUGGCAGAGGAAGCCCGUGAUCUCGGAAAAGAGCGCAAGCGGACACGGCGCGAAAACCUAUACCGCCACGUUGAAGAAGAUUCUAGUCAAAAUAGAAGACCCCGCCGAGCGGCAGAGAAACCCGUAGACUAUAGAGUCUUUCGACCUGAGGAAAAUUUUAUCAUUGAUGAUGAUGGUUCUCCACCGCCGACUAUUAUCGGUAAGAAGAAUGGGAGGAGAGGCAAGAACGGUGGCCCCGGCGCUCGACCACUCUUCAACACCUUGGGCAUCUUUGGAGGCAUUGGCCAAGAACGAUCUAUUCUUAAUUCUGAUCGCAACCUCGGAUUUAAUGAUUCCGAUAGUAGUGAUGACGAUAUCCAAAUGAUGCCCACAGGAGGUACGGAUGCGAUUGCUCCGCUUAUUGGCUCUGGUGGUAAACGCGAUUCUAUCUCUCGUGCUGGAGGGAUGGGGGCACAUGGUACCCCCAUGGAUAUGGGCAAGAUUACACCUCACCAAAAGCAAAAUCUUGCUGAUGCCGAUCCUAUUGGUAUUGACCCUAAUGUGGACUUUUCCAAGGUCGGAGGACUGGGAGAGCAUAUCAAUCAGUUGAAAGAGAUGGUGGCGUUGCCUUUAAUGUACCCUGAGAUAUUCCAGGGUCUCGGGUUAACGCCACCACGUGGUGUGCUGUUCCACGGCCCCCCAGGUACUGGUAAAACAUUGCUUGCCAGAGCACUUGCGAACUCCUGUAGUGCGAACGGCAAACAGAUUACUUUCUACAUGAGGAAAGGUGCGGAUAUUCUUAGUAAGUGGGUUGGUGAGGCGGAAAGGCAGAUCAGGCUGUUGUUUGCGGAUGCGAGGAAGAACGCACCUAGUAUUAUCUUUUUUGAUGAAAUUGAUGGUCUCGCACCUGUCAGAUCCAGCAAACAGGACCAAAUCCACGCCUCUAUCGUUUCUACCCUUUUGGCUCUAAUGGAUGGCAUGGAUGGCCGCGGUCAAGUCAUUAUUAUUGGCGCGACUAACAGGCCUGACUCUAUUGAUCCCGCUCUCCGACGCCCUGGCCGGUUUGAUAGAGAGUUCUACUUUCCAUUGCCAGACAAAGUUUCCCGCCGAUCUAUCAUCGACAUCCACACGGCAGGCUGGAGCCCACCUCUUUCUGACGCCUUCAAGAGCGAGCUGGCCAGUAUAACCAAGGGGUACGGUGGUGCUGAUCUCCGAGCCCUUUGCACAGAAGCUGCGUUGAAUGCCGUGCAGAGACAGUAUCCGCAGAUUUACAAGGAUACUGACAAGAAAUUCUUGAUCGAUCCCAAAAAGAUCGAAGUCAAUGCACGUGAUUUCAUGAUUUCGGUGGAAAAGAUUGUGCCUUCUAGCGAGAGAUCUUCUACUUCCGGUGCUGCUCCUUUGCCUGAGCAUAUUGCUCCAUUACUCACGCCGACACUUGACAUCAUCAAAGAUAAACUUAAUCAGAUAUUCCCAGAGAAGAAGAAGCAAACUGCAUUACAAGAAGCUGAAUAUGAGCCUUAUACCGAUGCGGAUGGCGGCUUCGGCAGGGAGAAGAUGUUGAAGGACUUCGAGAACACGAGAGUCUUCAAACCUAGACUUUUGGUUCAUGGGCCACAGGGGAUGGGGCAGGGAUACCUCGGUGCCGCUUUGCUGCACCAAUUUGAAGGAGCUCACGUCCAAACAGUCAACCUCCCCGUCCUAAUGGGAGACCCUGCCAAGAACGCGGAAGCGACUCUUAUUCAGAUUUUUACGGAGCUUAGAAGGCACAAGCCCAGUGUCCUCUAUAUACCUGAUCUUGAGAAUUGGUUCCAAGCUGUUUCGAAUGAUGUUCUUAUGACCUUCCUGCACCUUGUUGGAAGCAUCGGAAGUUCUGAGAGGAUAUUGAUUGUUGGAGUUACUAGCGCUGAGAUCAGCGAGAUCAGUGCAACUAUUGUUCGGGAUUUGUUCGGGUAUUCCAGAAAGUGUCGAGUACCCAUACUAAAGGCCCAGGCAGUACAACGAGAGGAGUUCUUUAAGCGCGUAAUAGGGUUUAUUAGGAAGAGCCCGAGAGAUUUCCCAGACCCUACUAUGCGUCCAAAACGCAAGAUUGAACAACUGCCUCUGGCACCACCACCACCACCAAAAGUUCAGACUAAAGAGGAGACUAAGUCCCAAAAGCAAGCUGACAAAUAUUACAUCCACCAAUUGAAAGUCCGGCUCAUGCCCAUCAUCGAUAUGCUCAAAGUCAAAUAUAAACGGUUCAAACGACCUUUCAUUCCUCAGGAACGGUUGGAACAACUCGGCAGACCGGAAUUUAAUGACGACGUGGUAGCCAGUGAUAUUCCUCCAGUCACCGAUCUUCAGCUUGUCAAGGAUAGCGAGGGAACCGAUAUGAUCCUUGAUAUUCACAAGGAUAAGAGGUUCUACAACCUAGAUUUAGAAGUUAUUGAAGAGCGUGUCUUUAAUGGGUAUUAUGUGAAGCCCAGCCAGUUUGUGCAAGAUAUCCAGUAUUUGAUGUUGGAUUGUCAAGCUAGCGGAGAUAGAUCUGCACUCCUAUUGGGUAGUGAGAUGAUGACAAAUGUCGAAAUCUCGAUCUUUGAUUUGGAGAAGGAGAACCCUCAGUGGGUUGCCGGGUGGCAGGAUGUAUGGAAUAGAGCGGAGGCUAGGAGACUAAAGAAGGAUGAAGAAGGCAAGAGUGGCGGUAUCAGAGGUACCCUUGCUGCUAUUACCGAAAGCGGAGAGGAGAGUACUCCCAGGGCCGAGCCUUCUGCACUGGAAACACCUGCUCAGGCUGGUCCGAGCACCACAGAUACAAGACGUGUGUUUACUCUGCAUACACCAGCAGCACAGUAUCAGCAAGCUCAAAUGAUGAUGCCACCCCUUCUACCUCCUUUGAUGCCGCCACUAGCGGAGGAACAUGCAGAACAGAGUUCUAAUUCUAAUGGGUACAUCGCCGCGAGCGAGGCAGGGGCUAAGGAUAGCGAUGGAGAUGCGGUUAUGAGCGAUAUUGCUGUUGGUGGAAGUACGAGAGCCGCAACCGCGAUUUCAAGUGCCACGCCAGGUCCAGCUGCGUCAGAUAGUAACGUCAGCAGCACCUUUAAGACAGCAGCUCAGAGCAUCCCCCCAGAAAGCCAUGUUGGACAACCGCAACCAUCAGCAACUUUGGUCCACGGUACCCAACAUUCGACAAUGGUUUCCUCCGUAGCUAACACACAAAGAAGCGGAGCCGGUGGAGGCAAGUACUCGUCGGCUGUGGUAGUUAGUACCACCCAGUCGCAGUUCGAGCAAAACACGCUGAACGCCAGCUCUACGACUUCUGGUGGAAAGGAAAAUAGUAAUGCUACGCGACCUAGUCAAGGUAGUCAUCCCGCUUCUAGCAGUAGCGGUGGAAGAACUACCGAUGUUCCGCAGGACACACCACCUGCAAGACCUUAUCAGUUUGGUAGCGACAUGGCAAGCUUGGGAAGUACGAAUAGUGCGAGGACCCAGCACCUUAUGCGGCACGCAUCGACAACCACGGGCUAUGAGCAUCCGAUUGAGAUUGGAGAUAGUCAGUUGCCGGAUACACAGCCAGUUGCAUCCUCUGAUGGAAGCGUACCUAGUCAGUUCGCCUUUGGACCAGAUCUGAGGAGCACACAGGCCACAAACGGCUCGCAGCAGUCACCGCUUGCCGCUCUCGCGAUUCGGCAGGCCGCUACAGCCGCUAGAAUGGCUGAGCUCGCCGGAGCGGGACCUUCACCUUCAUCAUCCGCCCCACCAAUCAUUCGACGUCCACCAACCCCUGACCCUGAUCCACCACUUCAGCUUGACGAAGAAGAGUUGGGCAAUUUCCACAGAUACCUGGUUCAGACUUCGCAUGAUUACACAAUCGAACAACUGGAGCAGGUGAAUGCGGCGAUAAUGGAUUUGGUGUGGCAGUAUAGGGCGGACUGGGAUCGGAAUAAGAUUUUGAGGGAGGCAAAGGAAGUGGUUAAGGAGGUUGUGGAGGAUAUUGAGGAGAUGGAUCGGCUGUUGAGGAUUAGUAAGGCGAGGGCAAAGGCGGAAGAGGACACAAGGGACAUCAGCUAUGGUGAUGUUUUGACUAGUGAGAUUGGUUGA